UUGUUUAAUCAUUUAAUUAUUAAGUAGUGGGACGCCCCGUAACCAAUUGUUAAUAAUUUUUCGCAAGCGUAAUAAGGUAGUAUAUUCCAUUAGGAAACCUCUUAUUUUAGCGAAUACUUACUGGCUCUUCUGCAAUCCUGUUACCAGGAGCAGCCUCAAAACACCAAACGCUAGAUGGCGCUGAUGAAAUUAUAAUUUUGCGGGUAAAUUUAACCCUAAACGGGUGAUUUUUAAUCAAGAAGUUAUUUUUUAAUAAAAGAUUAUUUAAUGUAUAUAAACUGGCGAUUUUUAUGUCAAAUGCAGCUGCUAUGCAUUUUAUUUUUAAUAAAUAUUAAAGACAUAUACGAAUAAGCAUUUGCAUAAUAGUAAAACCUAACCAUGUACAAAAGCGCAUGUCAGAGCUUACAUUCGCUAAUGUAAAACACUUGUCAUAGCUAUGUUCUCUGGAUAAACAGUUUAUAUAAAUUUUAAAAACACAGGUUAUAUGUGUUUGUAAAUAUUGUACUAUGCAAAAGAUUGUAUGUAAAGUAGGCAUAAAAUAUAGGUAAUUAAAAUUAAAACAAAAGUAUUAUUUUAAAAUGAGUAACGUUAAAGAAAAUUCACAUGAUCAAGUUCCUGAACAUCUAAAAAAUGCUGUAUUAGUACAUAGUUCUCCCGUACCAGCUGAAACUCCUGUUGUCAAAGGAUAUGAUUGGAAUAAAGGAAUCGAUUAUCAUGCUUUGUUUGAAACGUAUAAAUAUUCUGGGUUUCAAGCAAGGAACUUUGGCUUAGCAGUAGAAGAAAUUCAGAAAAUGAUAAAUGCUAGAAACAUUCCUCUUCAAAAUGAUCAACUUGAUACAUUAGAAGAUGAUGAUUUUAUAAAAAGAAAAUCUUCUUGUACAGUAUUUUUAGGGUAUACAUCUAAUAUGGCUUCUUGUGGGAUUCGAGACACUAUAAGGUUUCUGGUUCAACACAAAAUGGUUGAUUGCAUUGUUACUACAGCUGGUGGUGUGGAAGAAGAUUUAAUAAAAUGUUUAGCCCCAACAUACAUAGGAGAUUUUCAUUUACAAGGAAAGAAUCUGAGAGAACACGGUCUUAACAGGAUAGGAAAUUUACUAGUACCAAAUGACAAUUAUUGCAAGUUUGAAGACUGGGUUAUGCCCAGAUUGGAUGCAAUGUUAGCUGAACAGAAAGAGAAGGGUACUCUUUGGACGCCAUCUAAAGUAAUAGCAAAACUUGGUGAAGAAAUUAAUAAUGAAGAAUCCAUUUAUUACUGGGCUGCAAAAAAUAAAAUUCCAGUUUUCAGUCCAGCUUUAACUGAUGGCAGCCUUGGUGACAUGAUGUAUUUCCAUUCUUUUAGAAAUCCAGGCUUAGUUAUAGACAUAGUGUCAGAUCUUAGGCGUUUGAAUACAAUGGCUAUGAAGGCAGUAAAAAGUGGAAUGAUUAUUAUCGGCGGUGGCGUUGUAAAACAUCAUAUUUGCAAUGCAAAUCUAAUGAGAAACGGAGCUGACUACGCUGUUUUUAUAAACACAGCUUCAGAAUUCGAUGGCAGCGACAGCGGUGCUCGUCCGGAUGAAGCUGUCUCAUGGGGCAAAAUUCGAAUAGAUGCAAACCCCGUGAAAGUUUAUGCAGAAGCAUCUUUGGUAUUUCCAUUGCUUGUUGGAGAAACAUUUGCUCGACAUUUCUACUCCAAAGAAAAUACUGCAUCAAGUACUUGAUAAAUUAGAAUAUUGAAAUCGUACUUGCUGAUGAAUUUGAAUUCAUUAAAAAGUUGGAAAGAAUCUAUUGCUGUAUUUAUUAAUACAACCUUGGUUUGUAAAUUCUAGUAAGUUACCAGAGGUAUGAAGGACAAAAUACAAAAGAGGACUGGGCAACGAUUCACGCUUACGUUUUUAUUAUAAUAGAUUGUAUUGAAAUUUGUCGCACUCUUUUGAAAACAAAAAGUGUUGCACGCGCCUGGGUGUUUCACCCUCCUCACCCUUUCUUUCAAUCAUUUCUUUCUCUCAACACGCAACAAGUCGCUCGAAAAGAUUCAUGAGAUAUACCGUGUUUUUUUUUUCAUAUACCAGCGAAUGGUAUAUAACAAAAUUCGACAUAGACUACAA